CCCCAACGACGCUCUCUCUAAAACAUUGUCGGAGUCCAAAUGAACCUAGCCCCCACCCCCACAAUGCUUUCUCUACAGCAUCAUCGGAGGCCCCCAAAACCCACCCACAUAAAUCCCACCCUCCCCCUGUCCCGAUCCUAAUCCCUUCCUGAUCCCUAACCCCUCUUGUUCUCUCGCUCGCUUGGCUUGAUUUCUUUUGAUUUCUCCUUAAUUUUUUUUUUGCUAGAUUCGAUCGUAGAGGGCCCUUCCAGAUCCGAAGCACUAACCCUAGGGAGAAUAUUUUUAGGUUCUCCUCCCUGGGGGGAGAUGGAGGAGGCGAUGGAGAUGGCGCGGGUGACGGACACGAAAGAGCGGAUGGAGGGUGGAGCAGCUUCCCCAGCUAUUGGAGGCGUCUACGAAGAGCCUGUUGUCAGCCGAGGUCACGGCCCUCGUCGAUUGUUGCACGGAUCUCCUCAAAGACAACAAUUUUCGGGUCUCCUAGGGCGCACUUCAGGCACUGUCCUUCACUACUGUGCUCUCCGGGGAGCACUUCAAGCUCCAUUUUAAUGGUCUCAUACCCGCCGUCAUCAAGAGGCUUGGUGAUGGGAGGCAGCCCGUCCGGGAUGCUGGCCGACAUCUUCUGAUCAACCUAAUGGAGACCUUCUUGAAUUAAAGGAAGUUGCAUUUCUUUGAUUAUGGGAAGCGUUUCUUGAAAUCUUAGCUUUGCCUGCGUUAAGGGAAGAAGGGGCAUCUCAACAGCCAGACCUUUUUGAAUUAAAGAAGUCGCAUUUCUUUGAUUAUGGAAAGCGUCUCUUGAAAUCUUAGCUUUGCCCGCGUUAAGGGAAGAAGUAGCAUGUCAACAGCCAGGAAGAGAUCCUGUUCUCAGAGACAGCGAUGCUCAGAAGCAAUGCAGUUGCGAAGAAAAUCUUUGCCACAUGAAAAUGCACUGCACCACACGGUUAUUCUUUACCAGGAAAGAAGAAAAUGGCCAUCGGUAUGGUCCUUGCUAUUGCUAUACCUCUAGUAACUGCAUUCGUGCUGAUCUGCAUAAUUUGCAUUUGCAUCUCGAGGAGGAGGAAGCCAUUUGUAAAGUUACCAUUACAUGGGAGUAGCCUGGAGGAAAUCGCAAGUGUCGAGUCCCUAUUACUUGAUAUAUCUACACUACGAUUUGCAACAUCUAACUUUUCUGAAGAGAACAAACUUGGAGAAGGCGGCUUUGGUGCAGUUUACAAGGGACUACUAACUGAUGGACGAGAAAUAGCAGUGAAGAGGUUAUCAGCUAGUUCAUCACAAGGAUUCAGAGAGCUGAGAAAUGAGCUAGUUUUAGUUGCAAAACUCCAGCACAGGAAUCUUGUAAGGCUUCUGGGUGUUUGCUUAGAAGAACAAGAGAAGUUGCUUGUUUAUGAAUAUGUGCCUAACAGAAGCCUGGACACCAUUCUUUUUGGUAUAAUUUCUUCAUCCACUCAAAACCUAAACUGGGGAAAAAGGAACAAGAUCAUUGGUGGGAUUGCUCGAGGCCUACAAUACCUGCACGAAGAAUCUCAAUUAAAAAUUAUACAUCGGGAUUUAAAAGCUAGCAAUAUUUUAUUAGAUGCAGAUUUGAACUCAAAGAUUUCAGACUUUGGUUUGGCUAGGCUUUUUGGUGGAGACCAAACUCAGUGCACCACGAACCAAGUCGUUGGAACAUUUGGGUAUAUGGCACCGGAGUAUGUCAUGCAUGGGCAGUUUUCUAUCAAGUCAGAUGUAUAUAGUUUUGGUAUUCUGGUUUUAGAGAUCGUGGCAGGCAGAAAGAACAGUGAUUUUUCUAAUUCUGAAUAUGUUGAAGAUACAGUGAGCUAUGAGGUCUACAAAACAAGGGAGGCAUGGCACGGUCAGAAAAUUAGUGACAGAAGAGAAAAUGGAGAGGGAGAGAGAGGGUCCAUUGGUGUCUCAAAAAGGGGAUGGGGAGAGUAAAAGGAAGAGGAGGCAACACCGGCCUCUCCAAUUCAUAGAGUAAAAGAAGGAAUUCCGGUCGAGUUUGGAAGGCAGAGCCAAGAUCGCUAGACCCUCCUCAUUUGGUGAACAAAAAUGGAAUGGAGAAAGUUGGAAAGGAAAAUAAGGAGGAAGGGAUCCUCUUUGUUUUCGAGAUGAUUACGUGGUAGCCAUCCAAGCAUGCGCCUCUCCCUACAGUGAAAGCAGGCUUUGCAUUCUUCUCGUCUUAAAUCAUCAUAUGCUAUUAUAUUAACUAGAAGUCCUAUAUAUCGACGAUGACCUCUCCCGGUUUCAGGUUUGUGUCAUUGGAUUGCCUUUAUUCUUUUUAAUUUCUUUUAUUAAUGAACUGAUAGUGUGUUUAGUAUAGAAGAAGAGGUUACAGACA